AUUUUUAGGGCGUUUUAGCCACCUUACUUCUUUGUGGUUGUUUGCCUAUCUACAUUGCCAUUUUGUAAAUGUGAGUGUACCAAAUUUCAGUAAGACAAUUUAGCCAUUAGACGUUCGAAUAUGUUGAAUCUUGUGUGCGAAAUCAAAAUGUAAUGUUUAUCUCGUCACUCCGUCGCAUAGCCCAUUGACAAUUUGCAAACCCAGAAAGUUAUAGCUGAAGUCUGAGCCCGUAACUGCACUCCGUUAGUCCUUUGUUGAUGGUAAUCGCGCAUUAGAAAAGAAAUCCAUAGCAUUCCGUUGAGGCAUUGUUCGAGGCACAGAGCUACGAGCAUGUUCAGUAUCAGCGAGCUCUGUUGCAUGUUUUGCUGCCCCCCAUGUCCGGGUCCAAUCGCGGCCAAGUUGGCCUUCCAGCCUCCGGAACCCACGUACAAACUGACUCCGGCGGAUGAUACCAACAUCCGGUACAACCUGCAGUUGUUCGAUCGGGCCGAAUGGCAGUAUUCUGAACGGGAAAAAUCGAAAGUGGAGGCCUUCUUCACGCGCACAUCGCGUGGCAACCUGAUCACCUGCAUCUAUGUGAGGUGCAGCAAGAACGCCAAGUACACGCUGCUCUUCUCGCACGGAAAUGCCGUCGAUUUGGGCCAGAUGAGCAGUUUCUACUUGACCCUCGGCUCUCAGAUCAACUGUAACAUCUUUGGGUAUGACUACUCCGGGUACGGGAUGAGUGGUGGCAAGCCCUCGGAGAAAAAUCUGUAUGCGGACAUAGAGGCAGCCUGGCAGGCGAUGAGAACCAGGUUCAACAUAAGUCCCGAGACAAUCAUCUUAUACGGACAGAGCAUUGGCACUGUGCCCACUGUGGAUCUGGCCUCGCGUCACGAAGUGGGAGCUGUGAUACUCCACUCGCCGCUCAUGUCUGGCCUUAGAGUCGUCUUUAGGAAGACAAAGAGAACCUGGUUCUUCGACGCCUUUCCCAGCAUUGAUAAGGUGGCUAAGGUGAAGGCUCCGGUUCUGGUUAUUCACGGCACCGACGAUGAGGUCAUUGACUUUUCCCAUGGCAUCGGAAUCUACGAGCGGUGUCCUAAGACUGUCGAGCCGUUUUGGGUGGAGGGAGCCGGACAUAAUGAUGUUGAACUGCAUCCGCAGUAUUAUGAGCGACUGCGCAAAUUUCUUUCGGUGGAGCUCGUCAAAUGACAAUUAAAGAAUAAUGUCGACGGAGGCGUUA